CGUAUCGCUGAAAAUGUAACCGUGGAAUUUAAAGCUUCUGUUUUACGUUAACAUUCGCAACAAGCGUUCAUUAUCUAUGAAAAUGUGGUAAAAAUUGAAACAAUUAUAAUAAAAAAAUAAAACAAAUCAUCAUCAAAGGAAACAAAAUUUUUUCCCAAGUGACAAAAAAAUGUGAAAAGAUGUUAGUGCACUCAUAGAACUCAUCAAUUAUAUUGUUAAUACAACUGCCAAAAUAAGAGAGUUACACUUUAAGACUUGUCACAGUCACUAAUAAAAGCAUUUUAUUUGACUUUCAACAUUCAAGCUUGAUUAUCAAGAUGAAGCUUCACGAGAAAGAGUCAAGUAUUCAUAAAGUUCAAGAAGUCGUACUGAAGGAAAUUGAUCUCCUUAAGGAAUACGACGUGGAGAAGACUUUAGGAGAAGGUAGUUUUGCUAAAGUUUUAUUAGCUACACAUAGACAAACCCAAACGCGAGUUGUGCUAAAAGCUGUCCAUCAAGAGCUGACUACAGAAAAAGACUUCUUUAGAGAAUUUCACUACUCAUACCAUCUCAGUCCACAUCCAAAUAUAUUAAGUUCUUAUGCGGUGGCUUUUAAGGCUGAAAAAUGCUACAUUUUUGCCCAAGAAUAUGCACCCUUUGGAGAUCUUGCCGGUAAUGUCAAAGCAGGUGGACUAAGUGAACAGACUUGCAAAAAAAUAGCAGCACAAUUAGCCUCAGCAUUAGAUUUUCUUCAUUCAAAACAACUCGCUCAUCGUGAUGUUAAACUUGAAAAUAUUUUGGUGUUUACUCAAGAUAUGUCGAAAAUAAAACUGUGUGACUUUGGUUGCAUUAAACAUGAAGGUACAUUAGUCAAUAAAAUUAGAUGUACUUGGGUAUCAUUUUUACCACCUGAAAUUCAUGAGGUAAUAAAGAAUGAACGAUAUACCUGCAAACGCAGUGCAGACUGCUGGCAAUUUGGCAUCGUUCUCUUUGUCUGCCUUACUGGAAAUCCCCCUUGGAAGAGUGCCGAUCCAAUUCAAGAUCCAGACUAUUCUGCGUUCCAAAGAUGGCUAAAGAGAAGAACAACAAAAAUUCCAACUACAUUCCGGAGAUUCACUCCACGACUACUAAGGUAUUUUCGAAGAAUUUUCGAACACAAGCCUGAAAAGCGAGCCAUUGUCACGGAGAUUAACAAAUACUUGAAAGAUACUUGGUGUAUCAGCAAGCUAAAUCACAGUGCUACAUCUACUUCAAUCGAAGUCAAUGAUACUCAGACUGCCCGAAGAGGUGAUAGUCUCCUUUACCUUGAUACCAUCGUCGAUGAAAGGCUAAAUAUCGACGAGAAUAAAAAUAAAUUACGGAAACUACUUAACAGCUAUGGUCUAGAGACUGCAGUUGACCAAAAAGUCGUCACAAAGAGGAUUUGGGAGUGGAUAAUGCAAUGUGAUUCUAACAUCGAAGAUAUUCAACAUGUGAAUUCAUUUGGUACUGAGACCAUCUGAGAUAUGGUUAGGUCUUCAAGUGAAACAUGUUUGAAACCAUCUUCUUGCCAAAACCGACAAUUGAGUUUUGACAGACUCAAUGUGCCCGUUGUUGAGACCAAUUUACGUGUACAAUCGUUUAGUUCUCAGUAUUUACCGGGUUCUCAGUAUUAAUUAAAAUGUAUAUUCUUACAUUUUAAAAAUAUUUAAACAAGUUCAUCAGUGCCAAAAAUUUGCUAAAAAUUUUUUUAAUUACUUUUCAAUUACUAUUGAAUAUUUAUUCAAUAACAGAUACAUAAUUGAAUAAAAUUCAUCGAUAAAAUUCUAAUCGAAAAUUCAUUAAUUGUAUAUAUUUAUUUAUUUCACAGUACUAUGUAAUUUUAAGCUAGUGACGAAAAGACAAUUGUUACAAAGUUAAAUAUACAGUCGUCUAUAUGACAAUAAGAUUAUGAUAACCAUCAAAGAACUAUCUUUUAUUAUUAUAUUGUCUGUAGAAAAUAUUAGUUGAAAAUAUUCUAGUCAGUCAUCAGCCAUUAUUGUGUAUGGUUAUGGAUAUAGGCCUAAUACUACCAAAUACCUGCAAAUACUCACGAGGUUUAUUAAUCAAUUGGCAACGAAAUACCUAGUCCAAUCACGUACUAGGGCAAGAUUGGGUAUGAUUAUUUAAAUUAAAAUUUGAUUAAAAAAUUAUUGCUUUAGUUACAAUUGUAAUUAAAACAGUUUUCUAUAAAUUUCCUUUCUAGAUUUAUUAUCUUUGUAUUGUAAAUAGCAAAAAAACUCAAUACAAGUUAUACAUCAGAAAAGUCAUUAAAUGAAACACUGAGGAAACAAGACAGUUUUUUGCCAAUAUCAGAUCUUAUAUCAACAGAUCUAAUAAGAUGUCAAUUAUAUAAGUUGAAAACGGUAUAAAUCUAAAAAUCUUACGGUUUAAAACUGGAGAAAUGUGUGAACGAAGCUUUACAUCAGUUUUGAUCAGAUCUAAUCUUUGAUUUAAAUUGAUCUGAUAAAUUCUUAUUUAAUGUAUUUUUUUCCUUAAAUUGAUUUUUAAAUAUCUUCAAUCUUUAAAAUUUCUAUUUAAUCGAAUCAGAUUGAAAAAUGUCAUAUUGAAAAAUUAUUUAGACAAUUAUUCGUAACUAUUUGUCAAUAAUUCAAUUAUUAGCGACCAAAAUUCAAAUUUUUUAAAUUUCUAAAUAACAUUGUCAAUAUUUUUUGAUAAAUAUCUCAAUUCAUCCAUUUAUCGAGUAAUAUUUGAUAAAAAUAUCAUAAAUUAUGUUUUUAUAUCAACAAAGAAAUAGAUGUCAACAAACAAAUACUGUCUCACUUCACCCCAGUGUCCCAUUUUGAACUUUUUCCCCUCAAUUAAUUUAUUAUCACAUCUUUCUUAAUGUUUCUUAAAUGUUACACUUUAUACAUAUAACUACUAUCGAAAAUGAAUUGCAAGAGAACCCAAUAUACUACAAUUAAUAAUGAAAUUUAACUGAAGCUUCCAAUGUUAUUAUAUGAAAAGAAGGAUUGAGUAAAAAUUACCUUGCAAAAUAAUAAAAUUUACCCUUCCAGAUGACAAAUUUUAUCAUCUGGCAGAGUAAAAUUUACUUUGGUCCCUCGAUUCCCCGGAAUUGCAGGGUAAUUUUUACUCAAUUCUUAUUUCCGUGUAUAAACGCGUUAGAUCGCGUAUAUAUUCUUAUAGAAAUAUUUUAUUUCAACGUAUUGUUAAAGUAAAUCAUAAUUAUAUUAUUUUAUAGAAAAAAAUAACGUUGAUAAAAUUUUCUACAAGUGAUGCAAUUAUAAAUAUAGUUAGAAAUCUAAAUGUUGAAACUGAACGACUAGAAUAUAAUUUUUUUUUAUUUGAAAGCGAAUAAUAAUAUGAAAACAAAACCUUGAAAUAAAGACUGACGUACUGAUAAUACAAUCAAGAAAUCAAUAAAGAAUUCAAUGAGUCUUGGGUCCAACAUGAUUUGUGAAAUAUAUUAAAUACUGAAUCAAAGUAUUGAAAAUGCAAUAAAUUCAUUCAAUGCACCAUUUUUAUUAAAAAAAAAGCGUUCAGAAUCAACAUUAAUAAUCUAUUAAGUGUUUAGAAUAAUGUUAAUUUUAUCCAGAAUAAUAAUAAUAACUGUGCUAUUAUGUAAUUUGUAUCGAUUUAGCUACGUACAUAGAAUAUUUUUAAAAAAAGUAUAUUGUAGUUAAGACAUUAUAUUUCUGUGGUGCAAUCGUGAUAGCUACGAUUUGUAGUUUGUUUACCAUGUGAAAUAAAAAACGUUUCUACCUUUGUACAUUUUCUGACACGAUCUCAAUAAACGAUUUUUUUCCAAAAUACGUCAACGUUUAUCAAGAUUAUUAAUUUAAAAAGUAAAAAAU